UAGGCAGUUUGUGCGGAGUAUAUUUGUUUUUAGAUUGUCAAGAUUGUCAAAGAUCUAAACACCUUUGCAUUUCAAACCAAUGCACGAAGCCUAAGUCUGAAGCUGUGCGUGAUCGAAGGCCAUUGGCCGCUGCAGCCCACUGCUCACCUGGAGAACAGGCACAGCUUCAGAAGAUCAGCCGUGGUCCCACAGUGGGUAAUCUUUCAGUGGUGCCUGCAGCUUAUCACAACAAUCCUUACCUGGUCCCCUCUGUGCCUAACAGUGAAGGGAAAAAAGGUAUGGCGAGCCUCCUUGAGCGAGGGCUAGUCCUUUGAGCAGCACAUAUCAGCAUUGUGUCUCCUCCAGUGAGACCGAGAACCAUGCCUCUCCGCAGCCGGGAUGAGAAGCACACCACUGCACUUACAGCCCCCGCCUGUGACGCCGUCCCUUCAUGGCCCAGAUUAUUGCUUCACUCUUUGUCAUGGUCUGAUAGACUAUAGGGCUCCAGACUUGUUGGCUUUCAAGCAGCAUUAUUGCCUGUCCUGGGGGGGGAUCCUCUCGCUCUUGGAAAGCCUCACAGAGCUCCUGAAGGAGUACGCUGUGCCCGUGGUGAUUGUGCAUGGAUAGAGGCUGGCAGAGCUGGUGAUGGGCUUGGAGCUGGACAUCCCGCCCGCUCCAGAGUACUUGGUGUCUGUGCUGGAGAACUUCGUAGAUGUGUGGGAGCUCAUGCAUGGACCUGGCCAGCGGUACAAGGGGGUGGGUGGAGUGGGGAUGGCAGCGGUAAAGAUCCAGUCCUCCAGGAGGCGGCAUCACGUAAGAGCAGCCUACCUCGAGUACCGGCGGCAGAAGUGGGCAGCAGGUGCGAUUGCAAUCUCUUGGCUCCUGCACGCUCAGAUGGUGCGGAUGAAGAAGGCCCUGAAGGGAUCGCAUCAGAGACACCUGGAGAAUUUCCGCAGCAGGGCCAAGCAUCUGGCAGCCAACUGGAAUCACAUCAGGACUUCCAGGAGGACUAUUAUCCACAUACCAUCAUUAGGGUAUUCCCAGCCUCUGUGGUUCAGUGUAAAUGAUCUUGAUAUUCAGCAGAAUCUUUAAAUGGCUAGACUGUGUGACAUCCAAGACCCAAGCAUGGAUGUAAUCUACGUGUGCCCUGUGAAGCAGAGUGUGGAGGUGCAGCAGUAUUACUCCCGCCUCCUGGGGCUGCACAAAGUGGUGGACUCAGGGCUGCUGGAGGACGCAGCCGACAUGCAGGACAGGUUCAAAAUCCUCACUCCAAAGGCCAUGGACAGCUUCUAGACCCAUAACAUGUGCCUAUCCACUCUGCUCAAAUACAGUCCUCAGACCAUCAAGCGUAUUAAAAACCUUAUCAAAGGGAGACAUGCCUAUGUCGUUGGAGGUGUCCUGCAUAAAGAUGAUCUAACGGUUGCUGAUAUACUCAACGUGCCAAUCUUAGGGUCAGAGCCCGAAGUGGCCCAUCUGUACAGUACCAAAUCUGGGAAUAAAAGAGUAUUUGCCAGCGCUGGAGUGCCAACCCCACCAGGAGAAUGUGACGUUUACAACUUACAGCAGGAGCCAGCUCUGCUGAAGAUCUUAGAAGAGCUGCCAGAGUAUUUAUCACAGCAUGGCAGGCUGGUCAAUAAGAAAAGAUUCCCAUCCUGGAAAAAGUUCCUGGAAGCAUUUCUCAGUCAAGGUGGUGUAGUGGAGGCCUGCCCGCCUUCAGAAAGCAUUACCAAGCUAACAGUGGACAUGCUGAUCGAGCCCAAUGGGGAGAUGUCAAUGGUGUCGUGUGGAGACCAGAUCCAUGCUGGCACCCCAUUAGAAUGCUGCGGCACGUCCAUACCCCAAUCCUCGGUCGACCCUGACAUCCUCUGCUCCAUGUCCAUGCGGAUCACAGCGGCCGGUAAAUCACGCGGAGUGAUGGGUUACCUCUCCAUCGACCUCGUGACCUUUAUCCAUCCCCACACGCUGGAGCAGCAGGUGAGAUGGACAGCAGAGAGCCCCUUCAUAUAUCAGCGGGGUAAUAAAGAUUGCUCUCCCCCUUGGGGGCUGUAAACAAGAGAGAGGCGAAAAUAAUGCAGAGAUGCUAUCAAAUAAACUGUCACAUCUUAUUGUGUCAAUA